AUAUGUUCUCCCUAUACGAUGACGAAGAAAGGGGAACUACAAAUAUUCAUAAUCGGAAUACAAUCAGAGUUCAUCAGAAAGGAAAUGAUUUCAAGGACCCUUCAUCAGGCAAGAAACAAAGAGAAGAAGAGCCAGAUCCAGAUCUCCUAGAGAAAUAUGAUAGUUUCUACCAAACAACAAAGAGCUUGUUGGUACUAUUUCAGAUAAUGGGUGUUAUGCCCAUAGAGAGAGCAAGCAAAGGAUUUACAACAUAUAGGUGGAUUUCACCAGCAGCUCUGUGGGCCUAUUUCAUCUACGUUGUUGAGACAGUCUUUGUUGGCAUGGUGUUCAAGGAGAGAUUGAUGCUCAUUUCUCAAGGGGGUAAAAGAUUCGAUGAAUAUAUUUAUGGCAUAAUUUUUCUCAGCAUUAUGAUUCCGCAUUUUUUAUUGCCAGUCGGAGCCUGGACUACAGGGACGGAGGUUGCUAUAUUCAAGAAUAUGUGGACGAGGUUUCAGCUGAAAUAUUUCCAAGUUACUGGUACGCCGAUCAUUUUCAAAAAUUUGGAACUGAUAACAUAUUCUCUGUGUGUGAUUUCUUGGCUCGCUGGUAUCUUAAUCAUGCUAGCGCAAUAUUACCUUCAACCUGAUAUGCUACUUUGGCACACGUUCGCGUAUUUCCACAUUUUAGCUAUGCUGAACUGCCUAUGUUCUCUUUGGUUCAUCAAUUGCACAGCCAAAGGACAGGUGGCGCAGUGGUUGGCUACGAACGUGGAAGAAGCUCUGAAGGUACCCAAUUCUUCGGAAAGAUUAUCGGCUUACAGAGAUUUGUGGGUGGACCUAUCCCAUAUGAUGCAACAACUCGGCAAGGCCUACUGUGGUAUGUACGGCCUUUAUUGCGUCCUUAUCCUCCUCACCACAAUAGUGGCAACUUACGGCUGUUUAACCGAAAUAUUAGACCAUGGAUUCUCCUUCAAAGAAACUGGUCUACUCCUAAUCGCAUCCUAUUGUUUAGUUCUUCUGUACAUAAUAUGCAACGAGGCACACCACGCAUCCAGAAAGAUGGGUCCCGAAUUCAGAGAUAGGCUCUUGAAUGUUCAUCUCACUUCUUUAGAUCAUCGAACCAGAGAGGAAGUGAAUAUGUUCCUAACUGCUAUCGAAAAGAAUCCGCCUAUUAUGAAUCUGAAUGGCUUUGCUGAUAUAAAUAGGGAGCUGUUGACUUCGACUUUGACUUCCAUGGCCACCUAUCUCCUGAUGCUGAUGCAGUUCCGGCUUUCGUUAAUGAGGAACGCAUCUAUAGCCGCAAGGAGGGCCAUGUCUAGAAACGCAACCAUGUCCUGAAGGAAUUGUAACAACAAUGGCAUUAUUGUUGCAAUCACGAACAAUGAUAUCUUUCCGACAAUUCAGCAUUUCUUUUUUUUCACUUGGAGAUAUCGAUAGUACCUAUUGUUGAGUUCUUCGUUUCCAUUCGGAGAUACUAGAUAGCUAGAUAGAACAGAAGAUUCAUGCGAAAAAAUAAAUGACAUUUAAGUUCUUCAUCAUAAACGCCUUUAACGAAAUGAUUCGUAGCCAUUGGAAAACACCGAUAUUUAAAUACCAUCCUUGAAGGCAUUAGGCCAAUCAUUUUUGCAAAAACUCCUAUGGAAGAGGCAUCAAUAUCAGCUAAUGAACAAUAUUAAGUACAGAUGUGCCGGGUUUUUCACCAAA